UUCACAAUGAACCUUAACAGCCCAGCUGUAUCAAUGCUUGGCGGUGACACCCCUGCACAUGGUGGACCGAAUUCCGUACUUGGAGGUCAAGGACCCUCAUCAAUUCUCACGGGACACGGUCCCAACUCUGUAAUGGGACCAAACUCGAUUCUUGGACCUGGAAGUGUUCUCAAUCCACAAUCAAUUCAACCAAUGCAAUCACAACAAAUGCACAGCCUUCAAGGUUCUUCAAUGCAAAUGCAUUCACAUCUCGCCAACUCCAAUCUCAACUUGAACAUAAAUCCAGCUUCAGUCGGACCUGAUCGUAAUCCUGGAUCAGUUAUGCAUCACAAUUUGGACAUCAAUCCUCCAUCAGUUGCAUAUCAGAAUUUGACAGUUCCAAUGACACCACUUGCAUAUUCUGUAUAUGAUCGAGAUGCUCUGACACAUCAGGCUCCGGCAAGUAACAUCGCUGCCACAAUGGUUCCAGCAACUCCAGCAAGUCAAUUGGAUAUUCCGAUGCCAGCUCUUCAGAACAUUGUCUCUACAGUCAAUUUGGGAGUUCAAUUGGAUUUGAAGAAGAUUGCAUUGCACGCGAGAAACGCCGAAUACAAUCCAAAACGUUUCGCAGCAGUCAUUAUGAGAAUUCGUGAACCAAGAACAACUGCUUUAAUUUUUUCGAGUGGAAAAAUGGUGUGCACUGGUGCGAAGUCAGAAGAAGCAAGUCGAUUGGCAGCACGAAAAUAUGCGAGAAUUGUUCAAAAGUUGGGAUUUCAGGCGAAAUUUACCGAAUUUAUGGUUCAAAACAUGGUUGGUUCUUGUGAUGUUCGUUUUCCGAUUCAACUUGAAGGAUUGUGCAUUACUCACUCUCAGUUCAGUACUUACGAACCAGAAUUGUUCCCUGGAUUAAUUUAUCGUAUGGUCAAACCAAGAGUUGUGCUCCUUAUUUUUGUGUCUGGAAAAGUUGUUAUCACUGGAGCAAAAACAAAGAGGGACAUUGACGAAGCAUUCGGGCAGAUUUAUCCAAUCUUGAAGGGAUUCAAAAAAUAACUUUCUUUUAUUAAAAUUGUUUUCAUUCUUCUUUAUUUUCAAAUUUUUGUUUCAUUUUAAGCCUUCCCUUAUCCCUAAACCCGGAUCUCGUAUAAUACAGGUAAAGUAGCUUCAUUUUAGACAUCUAUGCACUUUAGAACCACUUUCUUCAGUCUACCAAUCCGAUAAAAUCGUUUCGAAUUCAAUAAGCUUUCGAUUAAUUACUGCUCACCAUUUCUCCCCGUACCUUGUAUAAUUUUGUUGAUGUUAUUUUUUUUUGAAGAAGUGACAUUAUCAAUGUUCUUUUCAACUUUCCUCUUGUUUUUCAAAUUUCUCCCGUAUUAUUGAGAAUAAAGUAUUAAA